GCGGAGGUCAACUUAAGCUCAAAUGCUUCCCCUAUACUCUUAAAGGGGCGGCAAGAGGAUGGUUCCUAGAACAAGCUCCGGCAAGUUACACAACAUGGGAAGGUCCAUGGCACCCAAACGAGGAAAAGGUGCUAGCUCUUCUUCUUCUUCUUCCGUGCCCCGUUUCACCUCCCCGGAGAAUGAAGCGUGGUACGAGACGAGAAAGAAAUGGAAAAUUGUCAUUGAGAAAACUGUGGAUCCGCAACUAAAUGAACUCUACCGGAUCUCCGAGGCGUUUGACGUUCUAGGGUGGGCUAUCAUGCUCACUCUAACUGGAGCAUACUACCCGCGGCUUGUGCGGGAAUUCUACGCCAACAUUGAAAGGAAGAAUGACCCCUACGGUGACAUUGAAAGCACCGUCAAAGGUACAAAAAUCACGGUGAGCGAACGCCGACUUUGCAACCUACUCAACAUCGUUGACGUAGGUACUCCCUUUUCCAUGAACUCUCAAGUGGUGCUAAGCGACCUUGACUAUGACGAAAUAAGGGCAAUGCAACUGUCCGGCGUCAAUGAAGAUCUUAGGGCCAAGACCCUAAAUGUUCGGGAGAGACUAAUCGUGUACCUUCUUGGUUUCAACAUCCUGCCACGAGCUAGUGACACACACCUCAUCCGACGGGUAGACCUCUACCUUUUGCACAAGAUGGUCACCGGGCUCGGGCAGAUUCGAGGCGUCCCCUUGGCCCC